UGUGUGUGUGUGUUUGUGUGUGUUGGGGGGUGAACCCGGCGACGCUGCGCUGCUGCACAACUGCUGGUUCAUGUUGAGACUCCGGACCGCGGUGUGCACUGUGCGUCUUGCGCGUCUAAAAUUAAAAAAAAAACUUUGACUUGUUCUCAUGAGCGCAGAGACCCACAGACCGACAUCAGCCUCGUCUCAUCAGUAGAGGAAUGGCUGUGCGGUCCAGGACGGGAUUCUGUCGGCAGGAGGUGAACAGAACCGUGUGGGAGGUUCCGGAGCGGUACCGGGAUCUGAAGCAGGUCGGAACGGGAGCGUACGGGACUGUGUGUUCGGCAUGGGAUCGCCGGACAGGAACACAGGUGGCCAUCAAGAAGCUUCACCGGCCCUUCCAGUCCAAGCUUUUUGGCAAAAGGGCCUACAGAGAGCUGCGACUCCUCAAACACAUGAAGCACGAAAAUGUAAUUGGACUGUUGGAUGUUUUCACCGCUGAGAUCUCUCUGGACCGAUUUCGUGACUUCUACCUGGUGAUGCCGUACAUGGGCACCGACCUCGGAAAACUCAUGAAAAUGGAGAGAUUAACUGAAGACCGAGUGCAGUUCCUCGUCUAUCAGAUGCUCAAAGGACUCAAGUAUAUCCACUCGGCAGGGAUCAUCCACAGGGACCUCAAACCUGGAAAUUUAGCCAUUAAUCCAGACUGUGAGUUAAAGAUUCUUGACUUUGGCCUGGCAAGGCAGGCUGAUGCAGAAAUGACGGGUUAUGUGGUGACACGCUGGUACAGAGCUCCUGAAGUUAUCCUCAACUGGAUGCACUACACGCAAACUGUGGACAUCUGGUCGGCAGGUUGUAUCAUGGCAGAGAUGCUGCUGGGGAAGCCGCUGUUCAAAGGAAAUGAUCACCUGGACCAGCUGAGAGAGAUCAUGAAGAUUACAGGAACCCCAACUGCUGACUUUGUUGUGAAACUGCAGAGUCAAGACGCCAAAAACUACAUCCGAAGUCUAACAAAAGUGCCAAAAAAAGAUUUGCACUCCAUUUUCUCCAAAGCCAGCUCCAAUGCGGUGUGCGUCUUGGAGAAGAUGCUGCUGCUGGAUCCUGAGCGGAGGGUCAGUGCCUCGGAGGCCCUCGACCUGCCGUUCUUCAGCGAGUUCAGAGAUACCGAGGAGGAGAUGGAGGCGCUGCCGUACGACCAGACCAUGGACAACACAGACCUGCCUCUGGACCAGUGGAAACGUCACACUUUCACAGAGAUCCUGACCUUCAGGCCGCCCAGGGAUUCGAAAGAGACGUCACUUUAAGAGCACUACACACUCACACAGAUUCUUAAACACAAAACUGUACAUAGACACACCUGCACCCAGAAAUAUGCUUUUCUUCUUGUAUUUGUGUAGGAUUAAUGGAUAUUAUUAGUUUUUACUUUCAAUAAAUGUUUUUUUCAGUUGA